AUGUGUCUCGGUCGGAUGUGGAACGGUUUGUGCCGGUCCGCCAAUCGGCUCGGGACAUUGACCGACGCGGAUUGUGAUGGUGGCCCAAGCCUGG